UGGAUUUCUCGAAGCAGUUUCUUUUUUCAGAGAAGGGGGCGAGGUUAUAUCAGCUCAUUCUGGGGACCCAGGCUGACAUAUUUUGCCUGACACUGUAUUAGGUAUUGGAGUAUUUCAAGUGACUAUGGUUCUAGUAAGUUUGUUGCUUGCUACACUUGUCAGGUCCUGUAGUGAGAUUCAGUAAUGACUCACCCCCAGAAUCGAGGGAUGUUUUUCUGGUCUGACUGCGCAGCCUCCACAGGUUGAAAUCAUGAUCAGCGAAAUUGUCAUCGUGCAGCAUCCAUUGUCCGCGUGCCUCCCACUGAACUACAGAGUGACUCUGAGCGUGCGAGCCGUGGGGACGGGCCCGCUGAGCUACCAGUGGUUUCAGGCCGAGGAUGAGGUCCCUGGUGGAACCGGCGCCGACUUGGUCUUUGAAGCCCGGUGCACCCAGAAGUACGUGUGCCGAGUGAACGACAAACACUGCAACUGCGUGUUCAGCGAAUGGGUCAAGGUGAAGGUCUGCGACAUCCCCAGACCCCUCGCAAGACCCUCGGGGACGUGGCAGGGGGAGCCCCUCAUCGCGGUGAACCCCGCCUCCCAGACGGUCCGCAGAGGGGAGAGGGUGACGCUGCAGUGCUCCGCGUUCGGCAUCCCCGCCCCCGACUACCAGUGGUACCGGAACGGGAACCCGCUGCCCGGGAAGAACAGGGAAACGCUCCAGAUAGAAAAUGUAGAUGGAGACCACGAAGUCUGGUACCUCUGCUCCGUCUCCAACGUCCUGGAAGAGAAAUGGACAAAGCCGGCCAAGAUCAGCUUGGUGGUUCCUGACCCACCUGCGGCCAGUGAGCUUACAGCGACGGACAAAGUGGCUCUGCUGAUCGGGAACCUGAAUUACGCCCACCACCCUGCCCUCAUGGCCCCCAUGAUGGACGUGCACGAGCUGGCCAACCUCCUGCGGCAGCUGGGCUUCAGGGUGGUGUCCCUGCUGGACCUCACUAAGGCCGAAAUGCUGGCUGCCAUCGACGCCUUCCUGCAGCUCCUGGACAGAGGCGUGUACGCUCUCUUCUACUACGCGGGCCACGGGUACGAGUGCUCCGGGAGGAACUACCUGGUGGCCGUGGACGCGCCGCAGCCGUACCGGCCGGAGAACUGCGUCAGCGUGCAGGGCGUGAUGCGCCGCAUGCAGGAGAGGCACACCGCGCUCAACGUCAUCCUGCUGGACACCUGCCGGAAAUGGUACAACCAGAACUGUGCCCUUUCUGAAAUCAGGUCACUGGCACCCUUGGGUAACACGGUAUACGGAUACGCCACGUGCGAAGACGCCGUGGCCUUCGAGGUGCAGGACGGCGAGAGGAGUUCCGGAAUCUUCACCAAGUACCUGAACAAGCACAUACUGCGUCCGGAGAAGAUCACGCGCGUCCUGGAGCAGGUUUCCGAAGAUUUGGGCCGGGACCCCCUGGUGACGGGGAGGCAGGUGGUGGAGGUCCGGCACACGCUGAAGGACCCGCGCGGCCUGGGCGACCCGGUGCGGACCGCCGGACACACGCGCGAGCUGCGUGUGCGGGACCUGUGCUGGAGGAGGGCUAACGAGUUGCCCGAGCGACGGACGCUGGCGUUCCCGUGCGGCGCUGAGGUGGAGCUCAGCUUCUCGGCCUUGUUCUCCAACGUCAUCAUCGUCUUCGCCGCGGUGAAGCCCGGCGACCGCGGCGUCCUGGACUGCAGCCUCUCCCUCAGGAGCAACCCGGUAAUGGAAGAUGUGUUCUCAAAUUUGGGCCGUUUAGACAGAAUGGACUCCCUGCUACCAAACGACACUCUCAGUCCCGACUGCAGUCUUAGACUUUGCGGCCUACAGAAACUCCAGAGAUCCUUGGUGAUCGAGGUGGAGCUGCACUACACCCGCGCGGACUGCGGGGCACGCCUGACGGAGAGCAGGCAGCAGGACGUGGGCAAGCCGCUGGUGGCCCGCUGCGAGCUGCACCGGAGGACGCAGGCCGCGGGGCCCGCCGAGCCGGAGGGGGGGCGGGACAGGCGGGAGGGCGCCCCCUUCCUGAGCAUAGACUGCACGGCCUCCUACCGGCAGCCCCCCCGUCAGCCCCAGGGGCGGCCGGGCCGGCCAUCCACCCGCAAGGCGGAGAACGGCUGGAAAUGCGCCACCACCGCCGCUGCCGCCGCCGCCGCCGCCGUCGCCAAAAACCCGUCUCCCCGGAGCAACGAGCCCGAGGAGAACGACGAGAACGAGAUCCUGGAGUGCUCCACCUGAAGGUCUCCGCAGACCGCCGGAACGCGCCAAGCGGACUGGGGCAGAGGGGGGACUGUGUUCCUGCCGCUGAAACGCGCCAUGUGAACUUCUCAAUGAGGGGGGGGUCUGCGGUUCCUUUCCCUCAGUGUGUUUUCUUUUUACCAUGUGCAGAACUUUACCUUUGUCUGGUUUUAAUUACGUCAUUUUUUGCCUUUGGUGAAAGUGUUGCUCAACAUGCAGCUAGCUGAUCAUAUAUCCCUUUUUUACAAUAUCAACUCAAUAUCAAUAGCAAUCUCUACAAUUUGGUUGUUUUCACAGUUAUUGAAAUGUUGUGAUCAUACAUUUGUAUUUAAUCACAUUCGAUACUUUUAAUAAUCAAAAUAAGCACAAAUACAUAUUUUUGGAAAGUACCUACUUUUCCUCAUUAUUAAAAUUUAUUGGAGUUUUAACUCUGACCAAGGUUAAGGAUUGUCUCUUUAUAUUUCAUAUUGUAUGGGGUCUCAUUUUGUACUGUGGGGUGCAUGCAGGUAUGCGUGUACCAUAUGCUCUAAAAGUAUUUUCAACCGGCAUUGUAAGGUUUUAAAAUGACACUGACACAUGUUUUAAAGCAUUAUUUAUUUUCUGGUGAAAAGAAACAUAAUUGUGGUAAUAAAAGAAACUGGUAGUGCCUUUUCAUUCCUGUAUUCAGUAUUUAUAAAUAAUUUAGCUUUUUUAAAUGUUUUAUUUUAUCUGGUUAUGUUUCUUUGUAAUCAAAUGUAAUCAUAUGUUUCAAUGUCAGAUUUCUAAAUUCAGAUGAUUUUUUGUAAUGUUGUCAACAUGUGUAAUUUAUUGAAGGGUUUUCCCUGGUUUCUCUGUGUCUUUCUGAAUUGACCCUUCAGAUUAUCUUCAUUUUGAAUGCAAAGUCAUGGUCUUAAUUGCUUACUGAACUUUAAAGGAAAUUUGAUUUCUCAGUUAUAAUGCCCUUGACGGAUUUGUAAUGUUCUUUCGUGUAGUAUGUUUUGUAGUAUGUCUUCAAGAGUGACCAUUGUUGUUUAGAAAAUUCAAUAAAUGGGUUAAUAAAACUA